AUGUCUGAUAACUUCGACAAGAUGAACGAAAAGAUCACCGACGCUCCACGCAUGGACUUUGACAUGAACCCACACAAGGACGAGAAGCACUGUGACAAGGGAAAGUGUGAUAUGAGCAAGUGCGACAAGGAGAAGGUCCGUGACCAGAUGCAAAAGUGUCCGGUUAUGAAGGAGUUCGUCGGUGAGAAGGAAAGCUGUGGUGGAAAGGGAGGAUGUGAUAAGAAGAUGGGAUGUCAUGAGGAGAAGGAGGAUAUGGAGAAGAGAAGAGAGUCGGAUGUCAGAAACAAGGAAAUGUAA